AUAGAACGCUACCCUGUGAGUAAUAGGAGUGAGUGGGCUCUAUAUUGCCGACAGACUCAUAAAUAUCCUACACGUGAAGUGUAAAAGUAGAGGUUGUGCUCUACAAGUAUUUUCAUAUUAUUCAACCACUAUUUCAGACUAUUUUACAAAUCAGAAUGGCCCGAGUACCAGACGAGGAAUUGAAAAAGGCGUUCGCCGAACUCCAGGAGAAGAUGGUCGAUACAACCCAGAAGCUAAAACUAGCUGACAUUCAAAUUGAGAGUCUAAAACGUACGAAGCAGCACGCUGAGCUGACCAUUAAGGAAAUAGCGACUCUCCCCAAUGCCACCAAAACAUAUGAAUCAGUGGGGAGAAUGUUUCUGCUCGACGAUAUCGACAAUAUCAAGGCAGGAUUGAAAACCAGGAUGACGACUGCAAAUGAGAAAAUCACAACUUUUGAAAACAACAAGACUUAUCUCGAGAGGGAUCUCAAAGAGAGCAAGAAUAACCUUAGGGAAAUGGUACAACAGAGGCAAAAUAAAGAAGUAUCGGGAUAGAGGUUAGCUGUCAAUUGAGUGGCUGUGUUGUAUCCAUAAAAGGAAAUCGCUCUCGCCCCAUCAAUAUUUCUUCAUUCAAUCGUCAAUAGUUGGAGCUCGGCAGAGUGAAAUUCAAAUUUUCUUUUUCAUUUUGAAAGGAAUCUUUGAGGGUUCAAAAUAAUCUUGGACUCGUCGAAAUCCCAUGGUUUCGUAUGGUGUUAUUGAGGAUCUGAGAAAAAUGUUUAACGUCACUCUUAUGGCAUUGAAUAAAUAUUCACCUUAUGUAUUAAAACGAUAACAGGAAACAUUCACAAA